AUGACCAGAGAAAAUAUGAAAGAAACAAUGGAAAAUGCAAAAGUACCUGUUAAUGAAACUAAAUUCAAAUUAUUCGAAUCAACUUCUUUAGUUUCAUUAACAGGUCGGUUUGUUCUCAAUGAAGCGAAAGAAGAAUAUAUUACAAUUACAUCUGAUUUAAGAGAAAAGGAACUUCGCAUUGAUGAACAAGCAAAAACUAUAGAACAUGAAGAAAAAAUUGCAGAUUUAGAAUUACAGUUGGAAAACGUUAAUGUUUGUUUAACGGAAAAAACGACGCUUCUAGAAGAACAAUUAGAGGAGCAGCAAGAAGCUUACAAAAUCACAAGCCUUACGACGUUACUCACCAAGUUGCCGCUACUGGAUAAUAACGCGAGUAAACAGUCCAAAAGUACUGAGACUGUAUGCCGAGAAUUUACGUUUUCUCAAACAUUUGGGCCAGAAACAACUCAAUUGGAAUUAUUUGAGCAAACGGUACAGCAGAAAAUGAUUGAUUUCUUAGCUGGGCAAAAUUGUACUAUAAUGACAUAUGGUAAGCUUAGAAUCUGAUCUCACUUUCCACUU